GGUCCCUCAGGUCACCAGUCCAUCCGCAGGUCCGGAACCUCGCCUUUCUUUCGACUUUUUGCACUGUAUUAGUCUGUUUAUUCUAUUUUUUUCCCUCCUCCUUCUUUCGGGACCGAGGUUCGUUUCGUUACGGGGUAUCUAUCGGUGUGGUACUCGAGGAUCGACAAGAAACUACGCGUGUGUCCGGACGUCGCAGGGAGACGAGGAACGAGCCAAAGGCACGCCUGGAUUGGAGAGAAGAAGUGUAUGGGAACGCUUGGUUCGACAAUUGCUUGCUAGCCAGAAUCAUGGGCAGGCUGAUCAAGAACCACUGGGCAAGGCUCAUUGUCCUCUCGGCAGCAAUGUAUCAGGUUGCUGCCGCGGUGGAAUCGUACUUCUGGCCCAAAAUCUUUUGGGAUUUCCUCACGAAGACGCUUGAUCCGGCGGUGAGACCGAUACCGGUCCUUCAAACGAUCAAUCUCAUCUUCGGCAUGAUCCUCCUCGCAUGGGAGUGGCCGCUCAGCUUCAUCGCCGGCUUAAGUAUCCACCGCAGCCUCGAAGCCCGCCUUGCUUUCCUCCCAUUGACCGCCCUCGCCGCGGCGAUGAUAUACCAAGGCACGAACGCGGCCAUCUACUACGUGAUUGGGCUGGGAGUCUACUUCUGGGCGUACAGUGAAGGAGAGAUGAUAUGCGCGAAGCCGUGGACUCUUCCUCAAAGGACCCCGCGGGGUCCGCGUGUCUAGAGCGCGGCACACACCGAUACCUGUUCAUAUAAAUGUAUAUAUACACAUAUAUAUAUACACGCGGUGUAAAUACUCGGUGCCGACAACAAUUCUCCAGGCCCCCGUUCACGACCUCGCCAUGUCCCGCGACCUAAUCAGCCCGAGUCUUUCUCGACCCUGCAAACAUCACGCACCAGUCACAUCGCAUCUCAUCCACGCGACCGGGAACGAUGGGGUUGAGAGAUUAUCCAGGCGUCGCAAAGUGAGGAAUGUGGCCCAGAGUGGGUGGGGAAAUAGAGAUCCGUACAUAUGUCAUCAACAACCGAAACGAAUACUUUUUUUUACAUUGAUAUGGCGAUCCGACAGCUUUCUGUUCCUCAUUUCUAUUUGUUCCUACUUAUACCAUCAUCUUGUGGUUGAUAUGCGCAUGAGCAUGGUUUCUCUCUGGGGUAAAGGAAAGAGGGGGGAAGGCAGUGACAGCAUGGCGAGCAUGGCGUUUUGUUGGUUCUUUUCUUCAACCUUUUUUUUCUUUGCAGGGUUACGAAUGGUGCGGGAAGUUGCAAUACCCAGGGUGGAAACUGUUCCCUGGGGAUGAAGGGCAACUCUUGGACAAGGCCGGAAGGGCGAAAGUCCAGGAGAUAGGACAGAAGAUACAUACCAAACCAAAAAGGUAUUGUCAAUCGUAACUCUGCACCUGCUGCUCUAGACUCCACCAACCCCGGCUCGCCUUGUUGCUUGACUUGCACUACGUUGUAAGGGGAACGCAGUUGAAAGAUAAUCAGGGGACAAUAAUAAGUUUGGUUGCGUCGCAACCCUGCCGAAACCAAAACGCUCCUGAAACUCGUAAAGGAGAAGACCCGAGCCAGCGCUACCCCGGCAAACCGAGGGCUCCAUGUUUUCUGAGUGGAGAGGCUCGGUUACUCAUUGCAGUCAUCGAACUCUUCUACCACAUCGU